AUGGCAGGAGGUGAGAUCAUGAGCCAAAAUGGAAACAAGGAAUAUCCAGGAAAGAUGACUUUCUUCGUCUUCCUUGCCUGUCUUUUAGCCUCCUCUGGAGGCCUCAUCUUUGGUUAUGACAUCGGUGUUUCUGGUGGUGUGACUUCAAUGGACUCAUUCUUGGAAAAGUUCUUCCCCUCAGUUUAUAAGGAGGAGAAGGAGAACACAAGUACCAACCAGUACUGCAAGUUCGACAGCCAACUUCUCACUGCAUUUACAUCAUCUCUCUAUUUAGCAGCGUUAAUAGCCUCCUUCUUCGCAUCUACAAUGACAAGAGUAUUUGGAAGGAAGUGGUCAAUGUUCAUGAGUGGAAUCGUCGUUCUUAUGGGUGCAACCAUUAAUGGUGCAGCUGGCAAUGUGUUUAUGCUCAUUCUUGGUCGCAUUCUUGUUGGUGCUGGUGUAGGAUUUGCAAACCAGUCUGUGCCAGUGUAUCUUUCUGAGAUGGCACCUGCUCGGCUUCGCGGCAUGCUCAAUAUCGGUUUUCAACUCAUGAUUACGAUUGGGGUGUUCAUCGCCAACUUCAUCAACUAUGGCACCGCUAACAUUAGUGGUGGUUGGGGCUGGCGCAUUAGUUUAGCACUUGUAGGUAUACCGGCUACCGUCAUAACUCUGGGAUCACUAUUUCUUCCUGACACACCCAACUCGCUCGUCGAACGUGGCCAUAAGGAGAAGGCCAAAGCUAUACUCUCCAAGAUCCGUGGCACUAAUGAAAUCCAGGAUGAGUAUGAUGAUCUUGUGAAAGCUAGCGAGGAGUCCAUUGCUAUAAAACAUCCUUGGUCCAACAUAAUAAAGAGGAAGUAUCGACCACAACUUACUAUGGCCCUCCUCAUCCCCUUCUUCCAGCAGGUCACUGGAAUUAAUGCCCUAAUGCUUUAUGGCCCCGUUCUCUUUAAGACAAUUGGGUUUGGUGGUAAUGCCUCUCUUAUGUCUGCCCUUAUUAUCGGCCUUGUCAAAGUCCUUUCUACAUUUGUCUCCAUUGCCAUUGUUGACAAGCUUGGUCGAAGGAUGCUUCUCUUACAAGGUGGCACACAAAUGAUCAUAUGCCAGAUAAUUGUGGGAACAUUGAUUUGGAUUAAAUUUGGCACCCAUGGUGAAGCGACUCUGUCGAAAACUUAUGCAAGAUGUGUGGUAAGUUUCAUUUGUCUCUAUAUGGCUGGCUUUGCAUGGUCAUGGGGUCCACUUGGGUGGUUGAUCCCUAGUGAGAUCUUCCCACUGGAGAUCCGGUCUGCAGGCCAGAGCAUCAAUGUCUCUCUCAACAUGUUGGUCACCUCCAUCAAUGCUCAAGUAUUCCUUGCUAUGUUUUGCCGCAUGAAAUUUGGCCUCUUCUACUUCUUUAGUGGGUGGGUAAUCAUCAUGACCAUUUUUGUUGCCCUAUUCCUACCUGAGACCAAGAAUGUUCCAAUUGAAGAGAUGAUCCUUGUGUGGAAGAAGCAUUGGUUUUGGGGCAAGUUCAUCGAAGAUGAGAAUUCGGAAGAUGUGGAAGAUGAUGCAUGCUUUUAA